UCAGUUUCAAAACAAACAAAAUGGCGGCGCACAUGAGAUGGGGACUUCAGCUGUUAUUACGUGGGAGAAAUACUGUUCAUUUAAGGUUUCCGGACAUGACCAAACGUUCGUUCCCCUUACAAUCCACGACCCAGAGUUUCGGAGGCGUCCAUCCACAGGCCGGGACAGGAGCCACAAACUGCUCAAUAAGAUACCUUUCCAUUCAGACUCAAGACACUCCAAACCCAAGAAGCCUGAAAUUCCUCCCCGGUAAACCCGUGCUGGGAAGCGGCACAAUUGACUUUCCAUCUCCAAACUCAGCUGAAUGUUCAUCAUUAGCCAGGGACCUGUUUGAAAUUGAAGGAGUAAAAAGUGUGUUCUUUGGCCCUGACUUCAUCACAGUCACUAAAACAGAUGAGGAUGUUGAAUGGACAGACAUUAAGCCUCAUGCUUUUGAGGUCAUUUCUAAGUUCUUUGAGAGUGGUGACCCAGCUAUCACAACCGAAGCGGUGCACCAUGAAAGCAGUUUUUGUGAAGAUGAUGAUGACAUUGUAUCAAUGAUAAAAGAGCUUCUGGAUACAAGAAUUAGACCUACAGUGCAAGAGGAUGGAGGUGACGUAAUCUUUAAGGGUUUUGAGAACGGCACAGUUAAGCUGAAGCUGGUGGGGUCCUGCACUGGAUGCCCCAGCUCUACUGUAACUCUGAAAAACGGCAUUCAGAAUAUGAUGCAAUUUUACAUCCCUGAAGUGGACAACGUGGAGCAGGUGGAAGAUGAAGUGGAUGAAAUCAACGCAAAGGUUUUUGCAGAAGUGGAGCGCAAAUUACAGGAUUGAAAAUUUUGUUGGCCAACAUAUUCAAGAAGAAGAAUUUGAUUCACAUUGUAGAAAUAUGGUUUUGCAUUGUUUCCACAGAUGACCACAAUACACCGCCAGACUGAGGAGAAUCAUUCAGUUAUUUUGUCUCUGUACUGCAUACUGUUAAAAGAUUAAGACUGUAAUUACACCUGUAUCUAGGAAUGCUGUAAUUUUUUUUUCUUUUUAAAAAUGAUGUUCUGCUGUGAUAUCUUUAAAUGUUGUGUUGUAUUUAUUUCCUAUAAAUACUGUAUAUUGGGAAAGAAUAUUUUCUUAAGAUGGAGAUUUUGGUCUAGCUUGUAUAAUCGGUUCUGGUCACAAAGAUUUGAAGGUAUUUUAGUGUUCCCAUUGCUGCUGCUUUACCAUUAAUGAAACAAAACAGUUUUGACAUGUUAAUGCAUUAACAUUUUGUCUCCCAUAACUGACACAAAAUGCAAAUGGCUCUAACAUUUUCCAUCAAACCAAAGUAGAUUUUCAAUGUAAGCUUUUAAAAGAUUUUUAUGUUGUAUUUAUAUGCUUUUUGCUCGACUAUUAAGAUUUACUGUAACAUUAAAGUGCACUGGUUGAGUUAUAUAUUAGUUCCUGAGAGCUUCAUUGCAUCUGUCUUCUUGUGUUCAUUUCAUGUCAGUAUGAGUUAAGUAUGAGUAUAAAAUAGAAUACAAGGAUAUCCAGUCUCAGAAAUAAUAAUGGGUUUCCGCUGGUAAUCAUGAAUUUUCAGGAGAAUGAAAACAGCCUAGAUAGACUGCAAUGUCUCGACAAUGGUAUUGCAAAACAGACUGAAUUUCAAUCUUUUUUAAAUAUUCUUUCAAAAAUAAGAGUUCUAAAUAAAAUUCAGACAAUUUCAAAGUAGAUAUAUCAAUCUUAAGAUGGGAGUUGUUAUUGUUUUAAACUACUUACACAGUUGCACAUUGUACCUGCAGUACCUGCAUUAUAUGUAUU